ACCAGUGAUUGCUGUUGAUGCAACUUUUUUGAAGUCAAAAUUUCGUGGUGUUUUAAUGAUUUCAGUUUCAAAGGAUGCAAAUAACCAAAUUUUUCCACUAGCCUUUGGAAUAGCAGAAUCUGAAAAUAACAAUUCCUAUGAGUGGUACUUUAGUCAGCUUCGCAAUGCAAUUGGGAGCCGUGAGAAUUUAAUUUUUUUAUCAGACGGGCAUCAAGCUAUUGCAUAUGGCAUAGCAAAGGUAUAUCCUGAAAGCCAUCAUGGGAUUUGCAUUUAUCAUUUGGAGCAGAACCUAAAGCUAAGGAAGGUGAAAAGCGAGGUCAUAAAACUUUUCCAAAGUGCUGCAAGAGUAUACAGGCGCAAAAAAUUUGAUCUAUACAUGUCAGAUAUAGCAAAAGUAGAUAAGAAGACUUAUGACUACUUGAUGGAAGAACCACCAGAAAGGUGGGCACGUUCUUGUAGUCCACGACGAAGAUAUGACAUGCUCACAACAAACAUAGUUGAGUCAAUGAAUUCUGUCCUAUUAGAAGCAAGGGAGCUGCCUAUAUUAAGAAUGAUGGAUUUCAUUCAAGUGAAGCUACAAUGUUGGUUUUAUGAAAGAAGAAAUGAAGCAGAAGGAACUUUUUAUGAUGUUUCUUGUUGGGUAGAGGAGGAAUUGAAGAAAAAAAUAGAUUUAACAUUUACUUUGAAUGUCUUCCCUGUUGAUUCAUGGCGUUCUAGAGUUGAAGAAGAAGGAAUAACUUUCUUG